AUGCGCGACGAGCUGCUGUCCAACAUCCGAUCCGCGCUAGACGACCCGCUGGCCACCGCCGGCGUGGGCCGACCUGCGGACGAAGCUCCGUCAGACGACGACGGUUAUCUGGAUUCGCAACUGCUGUCGGCAGCGAGCGGGCGAUUCACCGAUCUGCAGACGCGCAUCGAGGAACUGCGCAACGACCUGGCCGCCGUUCGCUGCAAUCCGGGCGACGGCGCGCUCGAGCGGAGAGAGCGGUUGGAGAAGACGGAGCUGAUGCGGCACCUGUGCUUCGAGUACGACGCCCUCCAGGAGGAAGCCGCGGAGAAGCUGCGCGUCUUCGCCAUGACCAUCGACGCCUUCAACGACGCCCAGAGCGGCCGCAGCUGGUUGUCCAGGAUCGUCAAGCGGUUCGAGAUUGCAUUCGUCAUCGUCGACGAGGUGCACCAGGCCAACUUCGGCGAAAUCCGCCACCGACCUGCGACGGAGUUCCUGCGGGAGCCGAGGCCCGACAGAGCAGGUAAUUACUACGAGUGGCAGAUGGCCUGCCACGGGAAGUCCCGCGCGCGUGCUUGGGACCAUGUUCCCGCAGACAGCGUCUCGCCCUUGCCAAGCGGGGGCUCGUCCGUGGACUUGUCGAUUGUCCCGCGCACUGCGAUGCGCUUCGUGUUCUACAGGGGCGCGCGAUGGAUUCCAUCGCUAUCCCGCGGCGCACUCGCCGACGACGCAGCGGAGGUCACGAACGUCGACGUUGCGUGCCGGAGCUUCCGACGUCAUUUUUCCCAGAUGUUGUGCGAGGGCUUGUUCUUCCUGCGCGCGCUGGCGAGAGGCGAGGUGGGCAAGCGCGUUGGCGGGCCGCGCAUGUCGCUGGAGUCGACCACGAAGGCGGUCUUGACCAUGAUCCUUGCGAACGACGUGGGCGCCAAUUUCGCCACGUUGGUGCGAGGUGCUCUGGAGGACGAGGAAGUGCGGGCGGCGUUCGGUCUGCCGGACUUCGUGGCUGAUGCCCCCAAGCUCUGGCCGGUGAUGGAUGACGAUUGCCUGCGCGGAGGAGAUAACGGAAUCACGGAGACAUGCAUGCGACAGGCGCGGCUUCUCCCGGAGCCGAGCAAGCCGAAGCCGAGCGGCCAGAGCAGCGCGGCUGCGCCGCCGCCCGGAGUCGACUUCGAGGUCGGGGCGGGCGGCUCGCAGGAGACGGUGGGGCCCAUGGCGCAGUUGCGCUGCCGCCUCCUCGGCCAGAUGCUCGAGCGGAGUUUCGACGCCUUGACGUUCUCAUAUUUCAAGCAGAUUCAUACAGGGCAGAUUCAGAGCUUGUCGGAGAAGAAACCCACGGUGUGGAAGGCGAUGGAGUCCAGCGGAUGGUAUAAAGCUGGUCUGCGUGGCAAAGCAAAGGAGACGGUGUUACCGAAAUUGUUGACCAUUCGCAAGUAUAGUGAUCUUGUGCCGGAUCCGAACGUGGAGGUCCCGGCCGUGCCCCCGGAGCAGUGGGGCCGCGCGGCGCUGGGCUGCUACGCGAACGACAACGCUUGUCGCAAACGCAACGUCGACAUUAUGAUUAGUGUUUUAGCGGCCGCCCCGAAGCCGCGCGGGCGGAAGAAGCGCGGGGCGGAGCCCGAGGUGGGCGACAACGCCCAUCUGAGGAGGAAAAUCAUUGUGAAGAGAAGCGCCAGCGGUGGCAUCGACGUGGCGGAGCGCAGCAUCCCCUACACAUACAAACGCACUGCGGCCCGUCGCUUCGCGGAGGGUCCGGCGGCGCAGGGGUGCCCGGCGCGCGUGCUACAUGCGAUGCUGCAAGGCACCGUAGAUCUCGACAUCCACAGCGCAGUUCUGACCAUCGUUUGGCAACUCGUGGAACAACUUGGCAUGGCCGAUAAGGACCUGGUCAAGGAGGAGUUGGAGAUGUUGAAGCGGCUGGCCGAGGACAGGGGCGAGGCACUGCGGGGCGAGUUGCCCGACAUGGGGCCCCAGGCGGCCAAACGCUUCGUACUCGAGACCAUCGGCGGGUCCCGCUCUUUCGAUGCUGAUGCCAUGCCCUUCGCCAAGAAGUUGCAGCGCGUGAGCCGCGUACUGCGCUGGCUGGCAUGCUCGGCGUUGCCCGAGGUUUACGGCGGCUUCUGCCGAGACGCCGCGCUGGGCGACGGCGAGAAGACGGAGAAAUGGCCAGAGGGGCAAACGUUCUCUGCUUUCUACCGGCGCGCGGAGGACUACAUCCUCCGCGAGUGGCAUACGUGGGUGCUCACGCAGCCGGUCAAGCAUUUGUCACUGCAUUUCGACGGCGUCAGGAUCAGCAGAGACGCGGUGCUCGCAAGGCAUGCCUCCGUGGCGGACUACGCCGCUGACGCGAGUGCCCACGUCGCGAAGGAAACAGGCUUCGUAGUCAAAAUCAAGGAGAAGACCCACCCGACGAUCGCGGAGGCACUGACGAGCUGCGGGGCGUGGGUCUCCGCGCCCGUUGUCUCUAGCUUUAGUGCCACGUCCGUGGAGAACAAUGCCGCCAGGGUGGAGAAGGGGAGAACGUACGCGGAGUGUUGCCUGAGCCACGGCGUGUCAAUGACGCCGCAGCUGGGCUUCGAUGCCUGCGAGCAGGGGUUUGAUCUGCUCCACAUGGACGGGCAUGGUUCGCCAUCAUGCGCACUAGUCCACGCGGGGGCUGAGCUCGACAAGGCGACGGUCUAUUUCUGUGACAAAGCCGGUGAGAUGAAUCUGGAAGAGCUCCGUGAUGCCGUCCUCGUCCGGCGAGAUUCGAGGCUAUCAGUCACGUUUCACAUUGAUUUGCCCCUGCGCCGCAGGCGAAUCCGAUGUGUUUCCGGUGUCAAGCGGUCCAUCGAGAAUGUGUCAAUCCAGCUCCUGAGCAGCACUGGCGAGCUGGAAGAUGACGAGAGGCCCGCGACACCAGACCCCUACCUGCCUGACGUCAGCAAGCGGCAGUGGGAGGCCAAAGUUGUUGCCUGGCGCAGGGAGAUGUCACAACUGCUUGACGAAGUGCCAAUUGGUGCGACGGAAUUGGCAGCGGCCGAAGAGCUCGGCGUCUGGGUAGAGCCCUCGCCGCCCGCCGUGCGCGGCUGCCCAUUCCGUGCGCUCGAGCAUGGGAACCAGUGGCUGUCACAUCUCGGCUUCGCCCUGAUCCGGCAGCCGCGGGGUCCGACUGGUCCAGGGCGUUACGUCAAGUGGGGGCCGCCGCGGCGCGAAACUGGAUUGGCCGCGAGCGUCGGCCACUUCGCGGCCGCCAUCCUGCGGCCCGGCAACGCCACUGUGAUAGACCGCCGAGCAGGUCUGCCAGCGGUUCGCGAGUGGUUGGCGCGGGGCGACAUUCCGGACGUCGAGGUGCCCCAAGUCCUAUGCGAUUUCUCCCUCGAGCUGCCGCGUCUUCCGAAGAUCCGCUUGCUCGAGCGACUCAACGCUCACCCUCGGGACUCCCAGUUGCAUUUCGUCGAAGAGUCGCACACCUAUUACAUUAGCGGCGCGCGAACGCAUGGGUCGGUCACGGGAUUGAUACAUGAGUACUGCAGUGUUUUCGACGCUGGCGCUGUGAUUGGGAAGAUGCGGAGCGGGCGGAACUGGCCGCGACCUGAUUAUUUGCGCCACCCUCGCCCGGAAGACGUGGUCGCGGAGCUGCGGGCCACGGCGGAGGCUGCUCGCUUGCACGAGUUACUUGUUUCGCACGGGGCUUGCGACGCCGAGAUCUGCGCCGAGAUGAAGGCAACUGCGAGAGCGGCCCCCCGCUUGGCAAACCAACUGGAGGGUCUAUCUCUCUCGGAUCACGAGAUCGUGGAGAAAUGGCGCCUGGACAAAGAAGAGGCGGCUAGGCGGGGCACCUGGAUGCACUGGACGUUCGAGGCCCACCUCGACCGCGUCCCGGUGUCCCACGAUGCCGUCGAGUUCCAGUUGUUCUUGGAAUUCUUGGGCGCGCUGGAAGGUCUGGCGGCUUUCCGCGCCGAGUGGGCCAUCUUCGCCGAGCACGAGGGGCUUGCUGGGUCAAUCGACUUCGUGGCUCGAGACUCCGCGGGCAGCCUGUGCAUAUACGAUUGGAAGCGGGGAAAUCAUUACCUGGUGCAGCUUAACAUCUACAGGUGGAUGUUGGAACAUUACUACGGCGCCCGCGUGGCCGCGAUGUAUGUGUUCUGCCUUCAUCCGGACAACGGCGACCAGCCAUUUGUGGACGACGUGCCGGUGAUCCCAGAUAUCGAGGAGCCCAUGGCCAUUCAACGCACGAGGCCCCGAGAGUUGCGGGCAAUGGCGUCGGAAGACGCCCGCGAGAUAGACCCCCUGGGCGGCUGGCCGCGGCCAGUCGUGGCGGCGCGCCUGCCGCAUUGCCUGAGCACCGCGGCCAAUUUCGAUCGCGCCUUUCGCCAGAUGUCAGUGGACGUCGCGCACUGGAGACGGAUCAAAGGCAAGAGUACGGCGGACGACGUCGGCGAGGGCUGGGUGCGCCUCGCGGCCGAGCAGCGCGAGCCUCACGAGCUCGCGGACGUGGGCUCGGCGGAUGCACCUGAAUUUCCGAGCGGCGAUGAGGGCGAGACAGCAGUGCGGACAGAGUUGUUCGAGUGCCUGGAGAAGGAAGUCAAGAGUUACGCUGCGGGGGUGGCGCUCCUGCGCCCCAAGCGGGACAGCGAGUGCGUGAAGUUGAAGUUUGCGUUGCUGGCCACGCACGUCUCCAAGUACCACCUCAGAAAGACGCGAUUCGUGGCCUCUGGCACGAAGCAGUUCAAUGUCGUGUGCGCGUUGUUCGACAACGACCGACUUCUGCGAACUCCAGCAGGGAGUUUGCUGAAGCGGUCUGCGACGAUCCUGCGCGAGACAGUAUCGCCUGCUGUUCAUUGCGGACAGAACGCCAUUGACAAGGACAUUGUCCUGGUCCUCGACGACGACGGGCCGUCGUAUCAGAACAAGGCAGCUGUGGGACAUAAUCUCGCGUGCAGACGAGUGGGGCACACGUGCUAUACCCGCGGCUUCGCGGAAAUUCUGUUGCAGGAGUCCUUGCGCCACCAUGGGCGCGUUCGCCCUGCGAUGUCGCGGACGUGCGCUCGCGUCGUGGAGCAGGGCUCCGAGCUGAGCAGCAUGUUGCCGACGCGCGUUGAUCACUGGCUGAAGCUAAUGGGAGACGUGUUCAACAGCGCGCACGUAGAAAUGCGCAGCGCGGCGUUGAUGGAAGAAUGCCACCGGCAUGAGGAAUUCCUCCACGUAUCCAUGGGCGCCAGUAUCUCCAUGGACGCCAGUCUCCAUGUCAAGGGCCAGGCAGAUUAUCGGUCUGCACAAGCAGCGCGCGACGCUGCACCCGUGCCGGACGUGGACGCCAAGCGCCGCGUCCUGACUCUCGCGGGCAGGACGGGCGCGGCGCUCGGUGUUUUCCUGACGAAGGACGAGGGGGCUGACGAAAUAGCUGGAGCCCUUGCAGCUCGUUGGUCGGCGGCGCGCAGAUCGCAGACGGUGUCCGUCGCCUGUCAUCAGCCGAGCAGCGCGCUAUUCCAGGCCUUGCGAGGCUCAGCCUUUCCCAAUUUAUUUAUCUUGAGCCUCGACCCGGUCCAUCUGCCCAUCACGUACGAGGAGACGCACUGGAGGGAAAAGACAGUGGGAUCACGCCUGUUGCGGAUUUUGAUGGCCAAGUUCACGAAGGUGGAUUGCGCACUACCCGCGCACUACUGGGGGGCGCCGUUCGACGGGGCGAAUGCCCCGAAUCUGCGGCCAAUAGAGGAGCGCGCGCGAGCACAGAUACUCGAUCAUUCACUCGCGAAGUCGCGAUCACAACAUGUGAUCGACCACGUGAACGCCGAGCUGCCAUGGAAAACAACGCAUGAGCUUAUCGAAGCAAUUGCCGCGCUGAGCGCGUUGGUUCCAGAAGAGCUUGCUCGCCGCACCCACGUGAAUAACGUUCAACUGAAGAGGUUGCUUUGCAAUGCGACUGCCCCAGCUCGCAUGCAAUGGUUCUUCAAUAAUCAGCGAUUCAGGCAUUCCUUGCCGGCGGCGCGCUUAGCCCUGUUGGGGUCUGGCACGUCCGUCAACGAACCUUUCAACCACGAGAUCAACACGUGGUUUCGCAACCAGGGGGACAUCUACGCUUCGACGGCGGAGCUUCAACUUAGGAUUGGAUUGUCGGGGAAACUGCAAGCCCACAGUUGCGCGCUGCAUAUGCCGACGCUGCGGCAGCUGCGACAGGCCAACGUGCUAUCGCGAAGCGUUAUGGCCUGGGCUUUGCCCGGGGAUCAUUGGAAGAGUUACUGCGCGCUCCAGGCGCAGUGCGGCGCCGACGUCCUGGCGCCUGCACGGCUCCCGCUCCGCGAAGUGCUGCGGCGGGACACGUUCGAGGACUGGCCGUCCCGCAAGCCCGUGUUGCGCGCCCUGCUGCGCUACGUGCUGCCCCGCGGCUCCCACGUGGCCGACUUCUGCGGGCGCAGCGGCCAGGUGUCCAGAUUCUUGAACGACACGGGGCUGGUGAACGCGUACGCGUUCGACCCGUCGCCAAAUAUCCGCACGCUCACGAAGGGAUCCGUCGACUACGCCCGGCUGCACGCUGUACCACUGGGCCCCUUCUGGAGAACCUUCGACGUCAUCCUCUGCCUGAGCGCGGUGGGCGAAGAAAGUCGUCUCCGAGCCAGCGACCAAUCAUGGAAGGAAUAA